AACGUGAAUCUGUCAACACGGUCACGAUAGAACGUCUUUAUAUCAGGAAUUUCGCAAGAAUACAAUUUUUAACGGAUGUAAUUGGCAGCUCUUUAAUACGCUGCUUACCAAUUAUAAAAAUCCGUAAUGGAUUCAUACAUUAUACAGCUUCGGCGCGCUUGGUUGAAUCAGGACGGUGACAUUCUGGCUGACCUGCUGUCGCUUAGUCAUAAUCAUGCGACAAAUCCUCAACUUGGAAGCGAUGCUGCAAUGACAAAAGCAAUGGAACAUUUAUCAGCACCUUUUGACGACCUGGUUUUACACCAUAUAAAGGUUAUAUCGUCGUUAAGUAAAGACGACCCAUUAACGUCGUAUGCUCAUCAGAGCGCGGCUGUUCAGUCACUAGCGAAGAUACUCCAGCUACAAAAAGACGAGAAUUGGAUGUUGCCAGUGAUGAAUUCCAUGUGCUUAGAUCUCAGGCGUCUAGCCGUUAAAGCUGAAACAUCUAAGUUCAGCAAAAAUCAAAAGCCCAGUGAGGUACUUGAAAAAUGUGCCGAAUGCCUGAUGAGCUGCUUUCGAGUUUGUGCAGCUGACAACAGGAGCUCUGAAGACGAUACAAAGAGAUGGGGAAUGCUCGCAUUGGUUAAUCAGCUAUUGAAGGUCUAUUUUCGCAUAAACAAACUCCAUUUAUGCAGGCCUCUAAUCAGGGCUAUUGAAUCGUCCGCCUUCAAGGAUCAGUUUGCACUGGCGCAACAAAUUACAUACAAAUUUUUUGUCGGACGCAAAGCCAUGUUUGAUAGCGAUUACAAAGCUGCGGAUGAAUAUCUGACGUAUGCUUUUGUCCGUUGCCACAAAGAAUCAGCAAAGAACAAACGUCUAAUUCUGACAUAUUUAGUUCCGGUCAAAAUGCUGCUGGGUUAUAUGCCAAAAAAAUCUUUAUUAGAAAAGUACAAUCUAUUGGAGUUUUGGGAGUUGGUUGAAGCUGUUAAACGAGGAAACCUACGCAGCUUGGAGGAAGUGAUGAGCAAACACGAGAUCUUCUUUAUUAGCGCUGGGAUUUACUUGAUAGUUGAAAAGCUGAAGCUCAUUACGUAUAGAAACUUGUUCAAAAAGGUUUAUCUCGUUUUAAAUACCCAUCAAAUACCCGUAGCCAGUCUUUUGACUGCUCUUGAAAUGCACGGUGUUGAGGAUGUGGAUAUGGACGAAACAGAAUGCCUUGUAGCUAACUUAAUUUUCGAGGGUAAAAUCAAGGGCUACAUUUCUCAUCAGCACAAAAAAUUGGUCAUCUCAAAACAAAAUCCGUUCCCGCAAUUGUCAUCGUUGAAUUCAAAUUGAAUAAAAAUACGAUAAUAUUAUGUGAAUUUUUAAUUGAAAUACGAUACUAUAGUUGAUAUUGUUAAGGAAUCUGCAGUUGUGUGUAUAUACCUUUUAUACGAAACCCGUAAUUAUAGGUAUAAAUUAAAUAUUCUUGUUAUACAA